CGUGGCGUUCCACUGAAUCAGCUUGCCUCCUUAUUAGCACUGCCUGGACCAAGCGAGUUAAGUGCUCAGGAAGCCUUACUGACCUCUUCAAGCUCUGGCUACAACCGGACUACUAAUACCGAGAUUACUUCUGAUCUAGAUGCUGAUCCUUCGAGUCGCGGACACGGAACCCUAGCCUCGGGCCUAUCUGUACCAAAGAGGCGACCCAGUGCAGCAGCUCAUCUGAUGCAUAAGGAAUUGCUAGCUGCCACCAGCAAAGUCGCAGGCGGCAUAGCAGGGACAGAAGUGGCCACGGCGGGAGGGCCCGCACCACCUGUGCAUGCCACAGUGAAUGUGCUUGCUCGUUCGCACAACCCUUAUGUGGUGGAUGGUACGAGGGCCAAGACCCCGGGCUCGGUGGGCCCUAUUUUGAUUGGGCCUGCAUUAGAAGCAGCGCUGUGUGAGCUAGACGCAGAUACUGGAGUCCGCGACGCCUUCCCUACUAUGGACGCGACCAUUUGGCAGCGUCUCUGUCGUCUGCGCCGCAGGAAGGUUGAGAAGGAGAUUGAGGUUAAGGCUAUAGCGCAGAAGUUGGCCGAAAUGAACGCUUUUUUACAGGUUAGUUUUUAUGCUGUUUAUUAUAAGUAA